CCAACACUUGCCUCCGCACCACUGCCUUCGCACAAGCCACCACGCAUCUCUCUCUUCUCUCCGCAUGUCGUCGCCUUCGCUGUCACAGCCCCCGCCCACGUCGCCCGGCACGCGCACCAGUCCGCGGCGGGCGGCCGGCGCGUCGCCCAAGGCCUCGACUCCGCGCACGACAGCGGCACUUGCUGCAGGCCGGCCGAGCCAACGGCCAUCGACCUCGGCGCUCGUGCAGCGCACAUCUCGCGGUGCACGCUCGUCGCCGCACUCGACGUCCGGCCCAGGCGGAGGUUCGGCCCGCGAGGCAAAGGAGCGCGCCGAGCGGGCGGCGCUCGAGCAGCAGCUUGCAGACGCCGAGCUCGACGUGCGGCGGCUGCGAGGCGAUCUUGCGCGCGAGAGGGCCCGACGCAGCAGUGCAAGCGCUACAGAUGAUUCUCAGUCGCGCCGCCAGUGGGCUGCGGAGCAGGCAGAGCUCGAGCGCCGGCUGCGCGAGGCAGACGACGAGGCGUUAACUGCAAUUCUUACUUCAACACCUUCGGCGCUUUCUCAGCUCCUUGGUUUUGGACCUGCGGCGGGCGGCGACAGUCUCGGCGGCGCCCUGCUGCCAGCGCCAUUGAUAGAGGCGGGCGGGAUGGAGGAGACCGAUCCAGAGGCUCGGCUAGCUGGGGCAAAGGCUGGGCUUAAUGCGCAAGAAGAGUUUUCAGGCCUGCGUCUGACCCGCGUGGAGACGACGGACCAAAGCAGCUCGCGGCGCGGCGUCUCUCUCCACUAUGCUGCCGACAACGAGAUGUUCUCAUUGCAGCUGGACAUCCGCGAAGACGCGGCGUCGACAUUGUCUGCCGCCUCGACACCGCGAGUCGAGCGCAUGCAAGCACGGCUGCCGUCCCAAUUGCGAGGCUCGCUCGAGCCGCACGUCGCGCGCUGGGAGCGUGCAGGCGACGCGCCGGCUCUGCUGAUCGCGGUCAGGACACGGCGGGCGCUGCUGCAGGUGCGCUCGAGGCUCUUUGAGUCGCUCAGCAGCGCACGGCCCGACCUGUGCCGAGGGCAGUCGACCGCUCGCGAAACGCUCACAUUCGAGAAUAGCAUUGGAGCCAAGCUCGUUCUCCGCUCGCCGGUGUCGUUUUCUCGGUGGGGCUCUGCUCGCUGCACGCUCUCGCUGUCCUCCGAACUGCCAGAAUCCGCCGAGGCAGACGCACGAACCGCGACGAUGCUCAGAGAGCUGUCUGCGCGCUUCGAGGAGCUGCUCGAGGCCGCCGACCCAGGCCCGAGCCGCGUGUACGAUGCCACGCUCGCCGUUGUCACCGCCUUCUUCGGCGACGGCGCACAGUCGCUCUAGGGCCGCAGUGCGGGUAAUCCGAAAGCCUUGAUCUGCCCCUGUCGAGCACGCGGAGCACGCCGCCGAGAGUCAGGGGCGCUUCCUUUAAUUGAUCGCCCCGGCCCGCCGGACCGCUUGAGUGAUCUCGGUCCUCGCUAAGGCGACAUGCGCACCACCUCUCCCGCCCUCGAUUCUGACACCACCGACGCAGCCGAGGCCCUGCGCUUUGAUGAGGAUGG